AACUUACAAGUGUGUUCGUCAGAAACAGGGUGGAUUUGUGUGUCUGUCUGUGAGUUUUUCAUCUUGUUUGUGUCAUUGUGCAAGAGACGAAGAGAAAGAUGUCUGGAACCCGUACCCUCUGCUGCCAUGUCACCACCGCGACCGUCUUAUUUGCCGGCGUAUAUCUGAGUGUUAAUAUGCUGACAUUGGUGGGCAUCAUUCUAACGGUUUCACUGGAUAAAGACACCAUUUCUGUCUCCUAUCACGAAUCAAGGGUUACCAAAGGGCACCGUGCUUUUGACAUCAGCACUAACAUCCUGAUGCUGGUUCUGAUGUCGAUUUCUGCUGUGCUGGUCUUCUUCGCUAAACGCAAGGGCCCAAUGUUUGUGCUGCCUUUUGUGCUGAUGAUGAUGGUGGAGCUCAGUCUGAGUUUUCUGUCCAUGUUUAAUGGAGCCUGGGGUCUGCCAGGGACCCCCGCCUACAGAGAAAUUCUGCAAUCUGUAAAGAGUCAGCUGAAAGUCGAAAGGUUAAGUGAGGAGGAUAUUGGCGAGUUCACCAUGUGGUACUCUGUCUUCUUUAUGCUGCACAUACUGCUGAAGGUGUACGCUCUUCAAGUGUCAAUGAAGUGUUUCUAUGCUCUGAAGGCAGAAAGGAUGGCUGCUGUCAGUGUUUGCAGUGGAAAUUCUGUGACAAUGAAGUUGCCUUCUUAUGAUGAAGCUCUCAAGAUGAAAGCAGAAGACACACCCCCUACCUAUAAUGAGCCUUAAAAUGAACAUGUACUUCAGGCUUGGUUUUUUGACGCAAAAUGCAAAAAACCCCUUUGGGUUUAAACCACAAAUAUAUGCAUAAAUAUUCACACGCAUGCUACAAUCAGGCACAGCUAUGCUUACAUGUAACAUCUAUGCUUUUAAUAAAUAAAUGUAAAAAAUUGA